UGGCAAAAAUGGCACACGCACCACGCAAUAGAUUUCUUGUUCCCGGAAUUCCACGCUAUUCUCGUAGUAAAGUCUACGCAAAAAAGGCCUUAUACAGACGCAAGAAGUCUACUAUUCCAAAGCCUGAAACUAAGGCUGAAACCACAAAAACAGUACAAAUUAACGGAAAUAACAAUGGUGGUCAACGUGUUAUCCCAUUAGAAAAGGCUCCACGAUUUUAUCCAGCAGAAGAUGUUCCUCUUCCAAAAAAAUCACGAAAAGUUAACAAGCAAACGAAACUUCGUACCUCUAUUACUCCUGGUUCAAUUCUUAUCUUAUUGACUGGUCGAUUCCGUGGAAAACGCGUUGUUUUUUUAAAACAGCUCAAAAGCGGUUUAUUAUUGGUGACCGGCCCAUUCAAAGUUAAUGGUGUUCCGUUGAAGCGCGUCAAUCAAGCUUAUGUUAUAGCUACCUCAACAAAAGUUGAUGUUAGUUCUUGUACGAUUGAUAAAUUUGACGAUUUAUAUUUCAAGAGAGAAAAGAAACCUAAGAAAAACGAUGAUAUAGAAGAACUCUUUAAAGACCAAAGUCAAAAGAAAGUAGUUUCGGAGCAUAAAAUUGCUGAUCAAAAAGAAAUUGAUAAACAACUCGUGGCCAGCUUGAAAAAAGUCCCAGAUCUUUAUGAUUAUUUACGAGCCAGAUUUUCACUCAGUAAAGGCCAAUUUCCUCACAAUUUGAGCUUUUAGUUCUACAUAUAUCGUGUUGAGUGGUAGCCAUUUAUAACAUUUAUUUCAAAAAAAAAAAAAUUAUUUUAUUGCUAGAGUUAUAUGAUGUUAUAAUAUUUUAAGUUUAUAUAAUUAUUUUUCUUUUAUUAAUUAAAAGAGAUUUCGGAAAUAAAUUCUAAAUAUGGAAAACAUCAUGAAUUAUUAUACAGAAUUGAAUGUUGUAAUUAAAUUGGUUUCUCUUCUGGUU